AGAAGUCUUGGGGCUGGUGGACAUGGUCGCCCUGGAGAACGGGGAGCUGGGGCCCCUCCUGUCGCCUGGCACCGUUCGGGGCUUGGAGGAUGAAUGUGUCACAGAUGUUAAGGCCCAGACUCGGGCAGCCCUGCUCCGGGCGCUGCAGGAGGACGAGGAGCACUGGGCGAGCCCGGAGGACCUGCCGAGCACCCUGGCCCAGGACGUGUGUGAGCUGCUGGAGGAGCACACAGAGCGGGCGCCCCGCAUCAGCCAGGAGUUCGGGGAGCGGAUGGCCCACUGCUGCCUGGGGGGGCUGGCAGAGUUCCUGCAGAGCUUCCAGCAGCGCGUGGAGCGGUUCCAUGAGAGCCCAGGAGUCCGGGAGCUGCCACCUGAGACCUAUAUCAGCAGGACCAUCUCCCUGGUCAACUGCGGGCCCCCCCUGAGGGCUCUGGCGGAGCGCCUGGCCCGGGUGGGGCCCCCUGAAAGUGAGCCUGCCCGGGAAGCCGCCGCCAGCGCGCUGGACCGCGUGACCCGGCUCUGCCACCGGGUGCUGGCCGACCUCCUGUUCCAGGAGCUGCAG